AUGGGCCGCAGCUCUAGGAAGAAAAAGAAGCGCGGCGCGGCCGGCCGCAAGGCAGCCAAGGACCACGCCGCGCAGCUCGAAGGAGACGAGACCGCCCUUGACGAGGAGCUCACCGCCCUGGCUUCAAUUUUAGGGGAGGACUUCAAAGUAACAUCAGAAUCACCUCAUACACGAUGUAAUAUGUGUAUCAGGCCUUAUUCGGCCGGCAUGGGCUUUGAUGAUCUAAAUAUUUCAGCUAUUCUUAGUGUAAUAUGCUUUCCUGGUUACCCCCACAAGUGCCCAAAGUUGCGGAUCGUACCUGAAAAAAACUUGUCUAAAGAAGAUGCAGAUCGGCUACUUUCGCUUCUUGCUGAUCAGGCAAACAUUUAUUCCCGAGAGGGACGUGUUAUGAUUUUCAAUUUGUUUGAGGCUGCGCAAGAGUUUCUGUCUGAGAUUGCUCCAGCACAUGUUUCAGUGAGCACUGCUUCUUUCUUGGGUUUGAGCUCAACUACUGAUGAAGAUGUGGAAGUUAGCCUUGGCAGUGAUCCUUACCCUGGAAUCUCUUACGUAUAUAACUCCUUCGAUCUAUAUAGUCAGUUAUAUGAUGAUACUUGUUGGAGUCGCCAAGGUCCAGAUCUGACAACAGAUAGUGGCAGGAAAAAUAUUGUAUCUCAAGUUCAAUCUAAUGUUAGAAGCAAGAGGAAGACCAUCAUUGAAAAAUCCCGUGUCUCAGCUGAUAAGGUCAAUAAUGCUAAAGGCUCAUCUGGUGAUAAAGCUGAACAGCAACAUGCCACAAAGCAUGGUGCCAUACGGGAGGCAGCUCCAACUUUACAUGUUGUGGAUGAGGAAACUGAAACUGAAAGCAAAACUUUGUCUGCUAGCAAUACAGGAAAUACAUCAGAUACUCCUGAAAGGGGUUUUAGCAGUCUAAAUGAACCCGAGGACACUGACCUUGCAGAGGAACCUUGGAAUGAAGAAGAUUGUGAUUCAGACUUUAGCUCUUCAAAUGCACUAUCUCAUGUUUCAGACAUGUUAGAUGAUGCUUCACGAAACAAGAAAAGGGAUUUAAUUCUGGUACAUCUGCUUCGGAUAGCCUGUGCAUCGAAGGAUUCUCUUUCAGCUGCUUUGCCAACAAUAUCAGCAGAGCUGUGCAACAUAGGGGUUCUUUCUGAAUGGGCUAAGGAUUUAAUUUCUGACUCUCCUGCUGUUUUUGGGGAAACUUUCAGUCAUGUUUUUGGGCAACAAAUGAUCUCUUCAGAGUGCUCUCUAUUUUGGAGACCUGAUAAUUCAUCAUCUAGGCCGAAUUCCCGUUAUUUGAAUGAUUUUGAGGAGCUCCGUUCACUUGGUCAGGGGGGCUUUGGUCGUGUUGCAUUAUGCAAAAACAAGCUAGAUGGGCGCCAAUAUGCUGUUAAAAAGAUACGCCUGAAGGAUAGAAGUCCUCAAGUGAAUGAGAAGAUUUUAAGAGAGGUAGCCACACUUUCAAGAUUGCAACAUCAACAUGUUGUCCGCUAUUACCAGGCAUGGAUUGAAACUGAAUACGGUCAUCAUAAUAUUUUGAAUGCUGGUGGGUCCCGCACUGCUGAGAGCUCUAUCUUUAGUUACGAUGAAGUCAGCCUAUCGGAUGCAGGUGGUGGGAAUAAUCAGGAAUCCACAUACUUGUACAUUCAAAUGGAGUAUUGUCCUAGGACUUUGCGGCAGGAUUUUGAGACAUACAUCUCAUCUUUUGAUGUUGACCAUGCCUGGCACCUGUUUCGACAAAUUGUGGAAGGUCUAUCUCAUGUCCAUAGUCAAGGAAUCCUACACAGAGACCUGACGCCCAGCAACAUAUUUUUUGAUGUCCGCAAUGAUAUUAAAAUUGGGGAUUUUGGUCUAGCCAAAUUUCUGAAGCUGGAGCAGCUAGAUCAUGACCAAUAUCUUCCUACUGAAGCAAUGGGUGUUUCAAUGGAUGGAACAGGUCAAGUUGGUACAUAUUUUUAUACUGCACCAGAGGUAGAGCAGAAAUGGCCGCAGAUUAAUGAAAAGGUUGACAUGUACAGUUUGGGAGUUAUAUUUUUUGAGCUUUGGCAUCCAUUUGCCACAGCGAUGGAAAGGCAUCUUGUUCUUUCUGAUCUUAAGCAGAAGGGAGAUCCUCCAUUGUCAUGGGAGUCAAAAUUUCCUCGUCAGGCAGUCCUGUUAAGAAGCUUGCUGUCACCAAGCCCGUCUAAUCGUCCAUCUGCUGUUGAGGUCUUGCAAAAUGAACUGCCUCCUCGGAUGGAAGAUGAGUGGCUAAAUGAUGUACUUAGAAUGAUACAAACACCAGAAGACACAUAUGUUUAUGACCGAGUUAUAUCUACAAUAUUUAAUGAGGACAGGUUUGCUAAAAUGCAAGGCCAACAUGAUAGCAGCAAAAAGUCCACUGUUAACAUUGAUAACAGUGAACUUUUGGAUACCAUCAUUGAGGUUGCCAAGGAGGUUUUCAAACAGCAUUGUGCUAAAAGGUUCCAGAUCUCACCUUUGCAUACUUUGGAAUGGAAUUUUACCAAAAAUAGGGGAAACACAGUGAAAAUCUUAACUCAAGGAGGAGAGAUGCUAGAACUUUGCUAUGAACUGCGAACACCAUUUGUUAUGUCAAUUGCUGCUAAUCAGACAUCAUCAUUCAAGCGUUAUGAAAUAUCAUGGGUUCAUAGAAGAGCCGUUGGCCAUUCAACUCCUUAUCGUUUUCUUCAGGGUGAUUUCGACAUUAUUGGCGGUACUUCACCAAUUCCAGAGGCUGAAAUCAUCAAGGUGGCUUUGGACCUUGGGACCCGUUUUUAUGAUUCCAAGACACUAGUCAUACGCCUGAAUCACGGUAAACUUGCUGAAGCAAUUUGCUCUUGGGCAGGGGUUUCUCAGGAUCGAAGACAAAAUGUCGCUGAGUUUCUGUCUUCAACUCUUGUUCAAUAUUGGCCAAAUGAGGCUGACCGCAAGUCACAAUGGAGUUUGAUUAGGGGGCAACUUUUACAGGAUCUUCGGCUUUCUGAAGAAGUUGUUGAGAAGCUACAUAAAGCAGAUCAGCGGUUUUGUGGCUCUGCAGAUCUAGUACUUGCUAGAUUAAGAGGGACCCUGUUCUAUGAUAAAUCUGCUUGCAAGGCUCUUGAUGAUCUAUCCUCGCUUCUAAGAUGUUUGAGAGUAUGGUCGGUAGAACAACCAAUUACUACUAUUGAUGUACUCAUGCCUCCCUCAGAAUGUUACUAUACAGAUUUGUUUUUCCAGGUAUACUCAAAAGAAGGUAAUCAUGGACCGAGUUUCCAUGAAAAGUUGCUGGCAGUUGGUGGACGAUAUGAUCAGUUGGUGGAACAAGCUUGGGAUAAGGCAUAUAAAUCUAGACCCCCAGGUGCUGUUGGUGUGAGCAUUGCACUUGAGAAAUUUCUUCCUAACAAUCCUUCAUCUGAUCUGGGGUUGCGAAGGUUACUGUCCAGGAUUGAACCUAGCAUCAGUGUACUUGUCUGUUCAAGGGGUGGUGGCGGUCUGUUAACUGAACGCAUGGAACUUGUUGCAGAGCUUUGGAAAGCUAACAUAAAGGCUCAGUUUGUUCCUCAGGAAGAUCCAAGUCUUCAAGAACAGUAUGAAUAUGCCAGUGAUCAUGAUAUUAAAUGCCUUGCAUUUAUCACUGAAUCAGGUCUGUCACAAACAGAUCUUGUGAAGGUUCGGCAUCUUGAUUUUAAAAAGGAGAAGGAUGUUGAAAGAGAGGGACUAAUAAAGUUCCUGUCUGAUGCAAUAUGUUCACAAUUCAAAAAUCCUACGAUCUGGAGCUGA